AAAUCAAAAUAUUAGUACUUGGAAUAUUAUUUUGACUAUGUUUUUUGCAAUACUUUUAAUAAAAUAUAAACAAAUGAUUUAGUAUUUAAUUUUGAAUAGUUUACUAAUAAAUUUAUUUUAUAGGGUCUGAAUAAUAUUGCUAGAAAUGAUUAUUCCUAAGAAUAAUCGUAAAAAGAUAUAUGAGCUUUUAUUUAAAGAUGGGACUCUUGUUGCAAAAAAAGAUUUCAAUGCGCCUAGUUCGGUAGAGCUUCAAAGUGUUCCUAAUCUUCAAGUCAUUAAAGCAUGUCAAUCACUUACAUCAAGAGGCUAUCUGAAAACUCAAUUUUCAUGGCAAUAUUAUUAUUAUACUCUUACAAAUGAAGGAAUUGAUUAUUUGAGGGAGUGGCUACAUCUUCCAAAUGAAGCUAUACCAAACAUAUGUAAAAGGCAUCCACGUCAACAAAUUACUCGUAUGCCCCGUAUUGAUAGUCAUCGAUUAAGAAAUGAUAAAUACGACUAUAGACGUCGUGAUUAUAGUGAAAAAAAAGAAGGGAACACUGCACCUGGCGAUUUUAUUCCUACUUUUAGAAGUGGAACGGAACGGGGGUAUAUUGCUGCUUAAUUUUGAAUUAAAACAUCUAUAUACUACAUCAUUGAUGUAUAUAAUUGGUUACAUUUCAGAGGUGUACAAUCCUUAAUUAAAUUUACCAUAAAACAUAGAAUUAGAUGAAUCAGAAAACAAUGUUUUUGUAUUAAUAUUAUAAAACAUUAAAAACUAAUACUAUCACUUUUUUAAAGGGAAAAGAGCCUGUUUGACC